AUGCUAGGCGCCGCGGGACAUGGCCCUGGAAGCCGCGAAGCCCUCCCGAGAAUGCAGGGUGCCACAGGGAGCUCGGACGCCCCACGCGCCAAGAAGGACCAAGAUCGCCGUGCUCGCCAAGGUCCUUACGAGCAACAGAGCGCUUCGCCAAAGUCUCCCAGGCACGCGAGCCAAAUUCCAGAGAGAGGGGCCAAGGGGAGCGUCCUGUUGGAGGCACUCCUGGGUCCGUCCGGGGUCACGUUCCUCGUAGACGGCACGGAGAAUGGCUCCAAGUACCUCUUUGCUCUUCUGAAAAUUCAGUGUCCUAAACAGGCGUAUCGUGUGAUCAAUAAAACCAUGCCAUGGGGAGCUGGGCGAGCCCGCCUUCACGCCGGCAUACACUACGUGAUCAUGAACGAGAGGUCAGGACAGGUCAUGCGGGCGACGACCUUCUUCACCUGGCAGCCAGAAGCCACGCGCCAACUGCAGGAUGUGGUCAGGAGCACGAGAAAUGGCAGAGUGAUCGUCAUUUUAGCCACACCCGAAUUCACGCAAUACCUAAGUCAAGAUAUACUGAAGGAAUUUAAGACCUUAGGCUCCCAUUUCUCCGACCGCUUUGUAGUGCAUGACACCUGGUGCAUGGUUGCGAGGAAGGGCAUGGGCGUGAUUCACGAGUCCCUCACGACAACGACUCCCCGCACUUACACCCGCGACUCGUCCCCGGUCAGACUCCAGCUUGUCUUGCCUCUGGUUCAAGGAGAGCAAUGCAGCUGGGACAACGACAAGGAUCGAGUGAGGUUUUGCGAAACCUAUGGAGGAUAUGGCAGUUUUUGCAGGUGCGAAGGGCCGCCGUGGACACCAGACCCUAGCAAGGGGCCAAAUUACCCGAUGGCCGAGAAAAUCCCCGUUGCCAUAGUAACAUCCCGGCGACUGCCCCUCGUGCUGAGACAGGUGGCUCAAUUAUGGGCGUCCCCCGGAGGCAGCUACACGCCCAUCCUCAUCAUCGUGGAUGGUCGGAGUCAAGAGGCUCGAGACCUGGGGCGCCUCCUCAACCUGACGGUGAUUGAGCACGACAAUCACGCUCCUACUGGCACUCCAGCGAGAAUCAACAGCAUAGUCAAGUUUGCUCUCAGGACGGUGUUCGAGCGUCACCCUUACGCCGACCACGCUAUCAUACUCGAGGAUGACCUUCAGCUGGCACCCGACUUCAUUCCCCUCUCCGUCGCCAACAGGUUCUUCCAUCAGGCAUCUCGCGCCCUCCGCUCUGACCCUCGCCUCCUCUUCGUCAACGCCUUCAAUUACAACUCCUACGCCCAUACCGCCCACGACCCACGCAAGCUCUAUCGCGGCCACGGUAUCCCUGGCUAUGGCUGGAUGACGUCACGAAAGGGGGCGGGGCUUAUGCUGGACAUCUGGGUGGGCGAGGAUCAGGGCGUAGCGUUGUGGGACUGGUGGAUCCGGAAGGAGCUACUAGGCGAACGGGACAUGCUCAUGCCCGAAGUCCCUCGCACGAGACACAUGGGCGCCGGAGGAGUCCACAUCUCGGGCUUCGAUCAGCUCCUCUUCAGCAGUCAGCCGAUGACCAACGGCACUCGCACGAUUCUUGAUGUGGACAGCGCCCUAACGCCCACUUACCAAGAGCACCUUCAGGAGGAGCUGGAUUCCGCGCUCGUGGUUGAGAUAAGGUCUCAUCCCUGCGAAGACAUACCGCUGCCUAUGCAUCAGACCAACAAGCGUUACGUCAUCUACAUAUACCAACCGACCCAGAGUGAUGUUUAUCAUUCGUACUUCGUCAUUGCCCAGUGUCUCGGCAUCAACGAACGCGACAUGCACGAAAGUUACAAGAUGCUGGUAACUUUCCCCUUCUGCGGCAACCAGGUCUACGUGGUGGCCUGUCCCAACUCUCCUUAUUGCCACCCUCGCCAUCCUUCCCAGGUCUACCACGCGACGGAAGAGGACGCCGACAUAGCGAGGGCGAAUCCUUUCAACAUGCCUCUCCUCCAGGUGUCCUACGGGAUUAGGACGCUCGCCAAGGAUCCCUGGGACGAGUUUACACUAAUGAACCGUGUUGUUGUUAACUAUACAAUAGGGAGUGAUGAUGGGUAG